AUGUCGGAGAUCACGCCGCUACUGAACGGCCAGGCUUUCCUGCCGCACCGAGAGAGCUUCGAGUCCGACUCGUCCGUCCGGAGCUACGCGCGCGUGCACAAGCUGCGCGUUCCGCCGUUCGCGCUCUUCGGGGCGAUCUGCCUACUGCUGGGCGUGAGUCUGUGGCGAGGGGCGAUCCCCACUCCGCAGACGGACAAGCUUCGAGCCAAGCCGAUCCGAGUCACGACCUCCAACGGCGUCCAGCAAGAGCACUAUUGCGGGAGCACCAAGCAGGACUCGGGCUACAUCAAGCUGCCCAACAAGGUGGACGACCACUACUUCUUCUGUAUGCUGGCGCUCUUGACGGAGAACGGACCGUGUCGAGUUCGGCCGGAUCUGUCCACCGAGAGCAACCCGUACUCGUGGACCAACGAGGCGAACGUCGUGUGGCUCGACCAGCCGACAAACGUUGGCUUCUCGUAUGGACCUGACCCGAACGACGCCGAUGAUAGCGAAGAUAACGUCGCAGAGAAUAUCUAUUGGUUCUUACAGGGCUUCCUCGAGCGCCAUCCAGAGCUGCAAGGACGUGAGUUCUUCAUUUCCGGCGAGAGUUAUGGCGGACACUACAACCCGCACUUCAUCGACAUGGCCACGAACGCCUACAACAUUUCGCUGGUUGACCCCAGUCAACUGCCAGCUCUCGAGGAAGCCGCAGCGGUUUGUGGUAUGAAAAUGGAGGCGUGCCAGGCACAGCCGUCGUUGUGCUUCGAGGCUGAGGGAUACUGCGAAGAGCACAUCGACAACGUCUUCAUUGCCGCCAAGCGGAACCCGUACGACAUCCGCCAGUUCUGUCAUACGAGCGACACGGACGUAUUGAAGUGCAUCUCCAACGACUUCAUCGCGCCGUACCUCAACUCGCCCAACCUGCGCAACUUCCUCCACGUGGACGAGCGCGUAGGCGACUGGCAAAUGUGCAACUUCGCUGUGAACUCUGCGUUCGCCAACUCGCACGAUGUGAUGAUGUCGACGAGUUCAUUUGUUGGUGACCUCCUCGACGAUGGAGUGCGGGUGCUGAUCUACGCGGGCGACGCCGACCUCGAGUGCAAUUGGUCAGGGAAUCUGGCGUGGCUCCAGGCGCUGAAAUGGACUGGAGCAUCGGCUUUCAAUGCUGCCGAGAUGCAAGACAUGGCCGUCGAGGGUGAGGCUGCCGGAUCGAUGGUUGCAGCCGAUACGCUCACAUUUAUUCGUGUCUUCAACGCAGGGCACAUGGUGCCGCAGGAUCAGCCUGCUAUCGCGCUGGAGAUCAUCAACAAGUUCUACAUGAAUCAAGCAUUUUGA